GAGGGAAGGGAGACUUUUAGGUGACGUGACGCGGAAGUGAGCAGACAGCGCUCGAGACACCUGUGCGCAGGUAAACAGCGGAACAGAGGAACGAAAACACGAUGGCAAACCCCAUACCUGGCAAUCUAAAAUCAGAGGCGAAAAAAGCGGCAAAAAUCCUCAGAGAAUUCACCGAGAUCAGCAACAGAAAUGGACCUGACAAACUCAUCCCACCUCAUGUGAUCGCGAAGGCCGAGGGUUUGGCCAUAAUCUCUGUGAUCAAAGCUGGAUUCAUGAUCACGGCUCGAGGAGGAAGUGGCAUCGUCAUCGCACGACUCGCAGACAGACGUUGGUCGGCCCCGUCUGCCAUCGGGAUCGCCGGGUUAGGAGGAGGGUUUGAGAUCGGAGUGGAGGUUUCAGAUCUGGUGAUUAUUCUGAACCAGCGGGCUGCGAUCGAGGCGUUUUCUAAAGGAGGAAAUCUAACGCUUGGUGGCAACUGCACUGUAGCUGUUGGGCCCAUGGGCAGAAACGUGGAGGCGGACGUGGCGAUUCGGAGUCCGGCUGCUGUCUUCACGUACUGCAGAUCCCGAGGGCUGUUUGCUGGGAUUUCUCUGGAGGGAUCCUACCUCAUCGAACGCAAAGAGACCAACCGCAAGUUUUACGGCCGUGACAUCAGAGCGUCGGGUAUUUUGAACGGAGACGUGGACCCUCCCGCCGAAUGUUACGACCUGUACCACAUUUUGGAUGCCUACACCGACGCCUACUCCGCCGACUGGACCAGCAAGAACCCCAGCGUCAAGUCGGCUCCGUCCAGACCCGCUCCUCCAUCGAAAAGACCUACGAACAACUACCAGCAACCUCCACCCCCGACCUACCACCCACCUCCUCCCUCAAGCGUCUACCAACCGUUUCAGUCAUCUGGAAGUGCUUACCAACAGAACCAGCCUCCACCUGCCCAGUCCGGAGGAGGUAACAAUAGACUGUACCCGAGUAUCUCCGUUUACAAAUCUGAUACUUCAUCGAGGCACAGUCCAAAUAAUUAUGGUGGUGCUGCAGCCUCCGGAGCACCAGCGUGGGGAGGUGGGGCUUCUUCUGCUCCUCUAGUCGUCACGGCGACACACCCGUUCAACGGAGAACAGCCCGGCGACCUGAGCUUUGCGCCCGGCGACCGCAUCACAGUCAUCACCAAGACCGACUCCGAGUUCGACUGGUGGGAGGGGCAGACGGCCGACGGCAGGACGGGCAUCUUCCCCGCCAACUUUGUCACGUUCUGAAGAAACUACUAAAACUACAACUACUGCAACAAGAGAAGGUUUUAAAAAAAAAAAUUUAAACUACAAAAACUACAAAUACGACAAUAAGAGAAGGCAAAAAAAAUGAAGAAACUAUAAAAACUACAAAUACAGCAACAAGAGAAUGUUAAAAAAAUGAAGAACCUACAAAAACUACAAAUACAGCAACAGGAGAAGGUAAAAAAAAAGAAGAAACUACAAAAACAACUACGGCAAAAAGAGAAGGUUAAAAAAUGAAGAAACUACAAAAACUACAAAUAAGGCAACAAGAGAAGGUCAACAAAAUGAAGAAACUACAAAAACUACAACUACAGCAACAAAAGAAAGUGAACAAAAAUUAAGAACUACAACUACAGUAUCUACAAAGGGUCAAAAAAACUACGGAGGAAAUUACAACCUCUCAAACUACAAAAAAAUCCAACUACAGGAUCAAAAAGACAAAAAAAAAAAACAACUGAAGAAACUACAACUACAGAAACUACACCUAUGGUAUCAACACAGAGUCAAAAAAAAAAAAAAAAACAA